ACGCCGCCCGCCUCGGGCCCGCCGGAAGUCGCGCCCGUCGCCACGGGAAGUCCCGCCCCUUCCUCCCAGAGGGAAGACGGUGAGCCGGAGGAGUCAGUCAGAGGGGCGAGCAGGGCCGACUCCGCCGGCGGACAGGUUAUGAAUGCCAAGUGAACCAUCUCCAUCACAAGAAAAUCAAUAUUUUAUUAAUAAUGGAUUCUGAAAAUAAGGUUGAGAAUGAUGAGGAUGAGAAUGUAAACGAAGAAGGAGAAGACUUGAGAAAUAUUCCAUCGGCAAGUGAAGCCAGUGGGCUUGUCUCUGAUAAGAUAGCAGAUUCCUCUGAGAUUUUCAAAAGCAAACGGCGAUUUCCAGAAUCUUCCCACUUUGACAGUAUCAUCGUGGAGGAAAACGGACAUGCUGCCAAAAGAAUGAAGCUCGAGGACGCAGAGCCCCUUGAAAGUGGAGUGGGAGGCGCUCCUGGGCUCGCGGCGGCUGAGCGCUCACUUCCGGAAGCGGGUGCUGUGGCAGAGGGGACUGCGCGGGAGGCCUUGCUCAGUGUGUGCACGGAGGGAGGCACGCCUUUUCCCAACACGCUCUCUCCUCCUGGAGACUGUAGCACAAGGGAUGCUGUUUCUCUGAAAACAGACGCUGAGAACAAGGUUUCCCUGGAUUCAGACCGAGAACCUCCUGUCCCCCUGAGAGAAGUGAGUGUUGGUUGUAUUGUUGGAACGCUAGACAGAGUUCCCAAGUGUAGCGGAUGUGACUGUUCGUUCUCUUCCCUUUCUGAUUUGGAAAAACAUGCUGACUGUCCCGGAGCACCGUCUAAGGAACAGGCCUGCUGCCAGUGCAGCCACAAAGCGGAGGGCAGCUCAGCCCUUCACCCGCAGGCCAGACACACACAUGGGCCGCACAGAGUCUUUGCCUGCGAUCUCUGUGGCUUUCAGUGUGUGGAAGAAAGCCUGCUGAGUGCACAUUAUCUUGGCAAAACACAUCUCCGGCGUCAGAACCUUGCUGCACGAGGAGGGUUUGUGCAGAUCUUAACAAAACAGCCUUUUCCUAAGAAGACAUGUACCAUGGGAACCAAGAGUGUCCGAGCAAAAGCGAGGACUUCCAAGGCAGUGGCGAAGCAGAGUGAUUCCGAAGGGAUGCGGAAUGUUGGGAGCCAAUUGGAAGAUGUCAGAGGCAGUGUUUCUGAGCAGAGUGGUGGCAACAGCGAGCUGCUUGUGGAAAUGACGCCAUCCAGAAACACUCUGUCAGACCAGGUGCAGAUUGUGGAAGAAGAUGUGUCUUCCCUUGACAUGGCUAGAAAUCCUGAAAGCCAGAGCAAGAAGCUGGGAGCCUUAGCAGCCUCAGAGGGUCUCAUAGGUAAACUGGAAUCCACCAGAAAUACUCAACAGACAGCACAUAAUGUCGCCAUGGUCUCAAGGCUGAGAACUGACCGCAGUGUUCUGAUGUUGGGUAACAACUUUCGGCGACGUGGCGGUACGUUCGCCUUGAAGGCUCAGGCCAGGAAAAGGUUUAACUUCUUGGGAAUCAACAGGAGAGGUGCAAAUGAAGCCCAGAGGAUGUAUUUGAAACACUUUAGAACACAGACAAGAGCAAAUGACACAGAGUCAGUGCUGAACAAUGUGGACAUUACCAGCAGUGUUCAGAAUCCCCGUGCGACUACCCCAGCCCCCCAGGAAGGGACGCAAGACAAGAGCGCCCCCCUCCUGGAUCCUGUGCAGCCGGAUUCCCUGACAGUGAGGCCAGCCUCUGACUGCCCCGUGACUGCUUGCAUAGACUGUGGUCACCUAGCCUCCAACAGGACGGACUUGGAAAUCCAUGUGCAAGAGUGCCAUGCCAGGGAGAUGAAGUACUGCUGCCAGGCCUGGGACUCGCCCAGUGUGUCCAGGAGGGACUUGGAUGGCCAUCUGCAUGAGAGCCAGCGUCAGAAAGCUGCCUCUGUCCUCCGCUGUCAGUGCUGCGCGUUUGCUUCCCCGACGGACAGCGGGCUUAGAGAACACAUGAGGGGGAGGCACAGCGCAAGCCCCCUUUGUGCCCCUUGUAAGCUCUUCUCGUCGGAGAAAGACGUGCAAGAACACAGAGCAACUGAGACGCACAGGAGCUCACUGGUUCAACGCAAGGUUUCUCAGUCAUUUAACAAUGAUGCGGAUUUACAGACUUUGCCUGUAAAUACUUCAGACUCAGAAAAUGCAGACAGUUGUGUGAAUGAGUCAGGAAAAGCAGCUCAGGAAGAACCUGUGACAUCCAGAACAAGCCUUGGAAACGAAGUGAGGCACUUGAGUAAGCCUCAGUUUCAGUGUAAGAAGUGUUUUUAUAAAACGAGAUCGUCUACUGUGCUCACGAGACACAUUAAGCUUCGGCAUGGUCAGGACUAUCACUUCCUUUGUAAAGCAUGUAACCUUUAUUCCUUGAGCAAAGAGGGGAUGGAAAAGCACAUUAAAAGAAGCAAGCAUCUUGAAAAUGCAAAGAAAAAUAAUAUUGGCUUAAGCUUUGAAGAAUGUAUCGAAAGGGUAUGUAUAGGUGUGAAUGAAAAAGAGUUGAGCGUUUCUGGAAGCGGGAGGCCUGAAGGCCACGCUGGGACACAGUGCCAGGAGCAGCCCUGUGCUGAGAAGGGCACGCUGACUCCUAAGGAGCUCUCCCAGUCUGGUGUCAGCACCAAAGAAGAUGGAUUCACUUUGAGCCCUACUCCAAAGAGAGGGAGACCUAAAGGCAGCGUCUCCCGGACAUGCCCACACUGUGGGCUUUUGGCUUCCAGUAUCACCAAUUUGACUGUUCAUAUUAGACGAAAGCAUAGUCACCAGUAUAGCUAUUUAUGCAAAGUGUGUAAGUAUUAUACUGUAACUAAGGGAGAUAUGGAACGUCAUUGUGCCACCAAGAAACAUAAAGGGCGGGUAGAAGUUGAGGCCAGUGGAAAGCAAAGUUCAGAUAUCAUCGUUGGCCCCGAAGGGGGUCGUGUUGAACCCUGCCGGAAGAAUGCCAGUGCAGCAGGCUUGACUGCAGCCGAGCAUGCUGGUAAGUUAACCGAGUCGGAGGCCUCUGUUUCUGAGAAGCCAGGAGAUCCAGGGUGUGCACAUCAAGCCCAAGCUGACGGUGAAGUUCAGUCUUUGGAGGGGGAAGUUACUGACAAGAAGAGGCAGGUGUCUCUAGAACCAGGAGAGCCUCUCCAGCAGGGUCCUGUUACAGGUGCGAGCGAGAACAAGUGUCUGCACUGUGAGUUCAGUGCUCACUCUUGGGCUUCGCUCGAGCUGCAUGUGAAGCGGAAGCACACCAAAGAGUUUGAGUUCUAUUGCAUGGCCUGUGAUUACUACGCAGUGACUCGUCGGGAGAUGACGCGGCAUGCGGCCACUGAGAAGCACAAGAUGAAGAGGCAGUGCUAUCUUGGCUCCUCCCGUGUGGAAGCAGAUUCCACAGACAUGUCCAGAAAUGUCACUUCGCCAGAAGAGGAGCCUCAGCAGAACCCGGAGGGAUUUCAAGUGAUUUCACACCAACCGUCUGAGACACUGAAAUCCAGAGGUUGUGAUGGUGGCCCUGCAGUAGGUGAGAACACCGACUUAGCUGUGUCUCAAGUCCUCUCUGCUCCUCACGCUGUAGGCCUCGAGAGUGAGGAAGAGGCUGCUUUCAGUGAAGACCAUUCCUUUUGUCUGACCUUCCAGCCACCCCCGGACAAGGGUAAAGGAAUUAAAACCGAGGAGAUGGUUUCUCUUAAUGUUUCUUCUAAGGAUGAUUCCCCAAGCCGAUUUCAAAGUGAAAAUUCAGGAAGCUGUGCUUUGAAUUGUGAGGCAGUAAAGAAAAAUCCUGAAGUGCUGAAUGACAGUUUCGCAGAUGUACAUUGUGAGCAAGCCGGAGGGAGCAGAGGAGACGGUGGAAGCCAAGUACUUCCCAGACACCUGUGUCCUGGUGCUCAGGCUGGGGAGCAUCCGGCCGGGAGCCCUGCCCCUGCUGUAGUGAGAGUAGCCAGAGAGCAGCUGAUGCUGGGUGGCAGUGGCCCAAACACAGUUGGGUGUGCACACAGUUUGGAGGGUUUGAAGGGUGUUCAAGAAAAUUCCGUCCUGAAGAAUAAAGAAAUUCUGAUAAAUUCACAGCAUGAAACUGAACUUGUUUUAGAAGAGGCCCCUGCUUCUUCCGAAGGCACAGUUGAAAGCAGUGAUGUUUAUGAAACUGUAAUCAGCAUUGACGAGAAAGGGCAGGCUGUGUACAGGUGCAGUCGAUUCGAUUCCUCCAUAGUACGAAUAAAGAACCCUGAGGAUGGUGAACUGUUAGAGCAGUCUGAGGAGGCUCUGGUGACAGCAGGCGGAAGAGCAAGUGAGCUGCCCUUGAAGGACGGUGCCCAGGGCCUGAAGAGGAAGAAGCCUGAAGGCACCCCCUUCGGGGAGUCCACCCGAAUUCGUUGUGAUGAUUGUGGCUUCUUAGCAGAUGGGCUGAGUGGGCUCAAUGUCCACAUAGCCAUGAAGCAUCCUAGCAAAGAGAAGCACUUCCAUUGUCUGCUGUGUGGGAAAUCCUUCUACACGGAAAGCAACCUGCACCAGCAUCUGGCUAGUGCGGGGCACAUGAGGAACGAACAGGCCAGCGUUGAAGAACUUCCCGAAGGCGGGGCCACCUUUAAGUGUGUCAAGUGUACAGAGCCCUUUGAUUCCGAACAGAAUUUAUUUCUACAUAUUAAAGGACAGCAUGAGGAGUUGCUACGGGAAGUGAACAAGUACAUAGUGGAAGACACAGAGCAGAUCAACCGCGAGAGAGAGGAAAACCAAGGAAAUGUUUGCAAGUAUUGUGGAAAGAUGUGUCGAAGUAGCAAUUCAAUGGCGUUCCUGGCACACAUCCGCACACAUACAGGAUCGAAACCAUUCAAGUGCAAGAUAUGCCAUUUUGCAACAGCUCAACUUGGAGAUGCCAGAAACCAUGUGAAGCGGCACCUUGGGAUGAGAGAGUACAAGUGCCACAUCUGUGGGGUUGCUUUUGUAAUGAAGAAGCACUUAAAUACGCAUUUACUAGGCAAACACGGAGUUGGCACCCCAAAAGAAAGGAAAUUUACAUGCCACUUGUGUGAUAGGAGCUUCACGGAGAAGUGGGCCCUCAACAACCACAUGAAGCUCCACACGGGGGAAAAGCCGUUCAAGUGCAGCUGGCCCACCUGCCACUACUCCUUCCUCACGGCCUCUGCCAUGAAAGACCACUACAGGACGCACACAGGCGAGAAGUCGUUUCUGUGUGACCUCUGCGGCUUUGCCGGCGGGACCCGGCACGCCCUCACCAAGCACCGCCGACAGCACACAGGAGAAAAGCCUUUCAAAUGUGAUGAGUGCAACUUUGCCUCCACAACCCAGUCCCACUUGACUCGACAUAAGCGUGUGCACACUGGAGAAAAGCCAUAUAGAUGCCCGUGGUGUGACUACAGGUCAAACUGCGCUGAAAAUAUCCGCAAGCACAUUUUGCAUACAGGGAAGCAUGAAGGGGUCAAAAUGUACAACUGCCCCAAAUGUGACUAUGGGACCAAUGUCCCUGUGGAGUUCCGGAACCACUUGAAGGAGCAGCACCCCGAUAUCGAAAACCCGGACCUCGCCUACCUGCAUGCCGGCAUUGUUUCCAAGUCCUACGAGUGCCGCCUGAAGGGACAAGGAGCCACCUUUGUGGAGACGGACAGCCCGUUCACGGCCGCAGCCCUGGCGGAAGAGUCUGCUGUCAAAGAGAAGGCCCUGCGCGGCAGGAGGCAGGCCCCGCCCCCCGAGCAGGUGCAGCAGUUGAUCAUCAUCCAGGGCUACGACGGCGACUUCGCCCUUGACGCCUCCGUGGAGGAGACGGCUGCCGCCACCCUGCAGACGCUGGCCAUGGCCGGCCAGGUGGCCAGGGUGGUGCACAUCACCGAGGACGGACAGGUCAUCGCCACGAGUCAGAACGGGGCCCACGUUGGCGGCGUGGUGCCCGGGCCCGUGCUCUCGGAGCCGCUGGCCGACGGAGCGGCGCAGGUGGUGGUCGUGGGGGGCUCGGUGGAGGGCCGCGGUGUGGACGAGGCCCUCAGCCCGGGGGGCGCCGUCGUGCAGCAGGUCGCCAAGCCGGAGGUCUUCAGCCUGUCCGAGGCCGGGCCGCCCGACGCCGCCUCAGCCUUGGACGCCCUGCUCUGUGCCGUCACCGAGCUGGGCGAGGCGGAGGGCAGGGCUGGCAGCGAGGAGGAGAGGGGGCAAGCCGGCCGCGGGGAUGUGCUCAUCCAGCUGCCCUGUGAGGAGGCGGCACACACGGGCGCCGUGGAGCCCGAGGCCCCGGACGUCCAGGAGAGCCCAGCGGCCAUGCAGGUGCUGACCCACGUGGUUCGUCCGUCUGCCAUCGUGGCGUCUCCAGAGCGAGCCCAGAUGGCCUUCAAGAAGGUGGUGCACGGGGUCCUGCAGUUCGCUGUGUGUGACUCAGCCGCCGCCGGCCAGCUCAUCAAGGAUGGCGUCACCCAGGUCCUGGUCAAUGAGGAGGGCGCUGUGCACAUGGUGGCGGGGGAGGGCUCCCAGAUCCUCAUGCAGGAAGCUGAGGCCCCCAGCCUGAGAGUGCAGGGCGAGCACGUGGACCUGGUGGAGUCCCACGGGGACAUCUCGCAGAUUAUCGUCACAGAGGAGCUGGUCCAGGCCAUGGUCCGCGAGUCCAGCGGCAGCUUCCCCGAGGGUGCGACACACUACAUCGUCACGGAGCUGCCGACCGGGGCGCAGGGCGCGGACGUCUUCUCGCACACCGUGGUAGAGACGGCCGGCUCUGCGGAUCUCCUGCGGCCUGGGGCUGCGCUGGCGGCUGAGACGGUGGCCCCGGGCGGGGCGGAACAGCUGACCAGCGUGGUCAUCUACACCCAGGACGCGUCCCCUGCAGCGACCGUGAUUCAGAGCCAAAGGGAAAAUAACGAGCUCCAGGAAGCCUGAAUGGGGGUGCCGGC